UUUGAGAAUUUGGCCAGACAAAGAACGCUAGGCUAGUUAUGGUCCUUGGAUAAACUAAAAGAACUUUGAACCAGGGACCAUAGUUUACGCUUUAAACUACAUCUCAUCUCUAAUGUCGAAGCAAGUGACAAAAAUGACACAACGUACAUUUGAAAAGGGUUUCCCUUUUCCACCACUCACUCCUGGUAUUCUGCGACUGUACAGCAUGCGUUUUUGUCCUUACGCUCAACGUACACGUCUCGUUCUAGCCCACAAAAAUAUUCCCUAUGAAACCAUAAAUGUACACUUAAAACGCACAGACUGGCUAUUAGCACGCAACCCGAAGGGCAGAGUGCCGGUUCUUGAAUUUUCAGAUGGUCGUAUUGUGUUUGAAUCCGUCAUCACAUGCCAGUAUCUUGAUGAUGUCUACCCUCAGGAACCUCUGACCCCAGCUGACCCAUAUCAGAAAGCUCGAGAUCGUUUGUUUGUGGACUAUUGUGACAAGUUUAUGAUGGCCAUCUACCAGCUCUGGUCUUCAGACAGCAACAGUGAAAAGGGCAAAGCUACCAUCCAUGUAGGAAUGCAGAUGUAUGAGCAAGAAUUGACACAGCGAAACAGUGGUCCAUUUUUUGGAGGAAACAAGCCUACCAUGCUGGACUAUCUUAUAUGGCCAUGGUUUGAGCGUUUAUCACCAUUUGUUAAUCCUGAAGUGAUGCCACACCAUUCUUUGACCAAGAACAGAAACACAGAACUGACCUACCAGAGAGCAACAGGUGCUUUGCAAUAUCCAAGGCUUCAGAGAUGGAUGUCCUUCAUGGUCAAGCUACCUGCAGUGAAAGCUACCAUGUUUGACCUUCAUAUGCAUCACAGUUUUGGUCGCUCACAGAUUGCAGGUGAUCCAGACUACGAUGUGGGACUAAAUGAUGAACCUCCAUUUCCUCAUUCACAACUAUGAGUUUUUUUUAUUUUCGUUCAAAUGAAAACUAAUUUCCUACAUUGGGCUUUCUACAAUACAGAUCGAGCUAUCAUAUUUGAUUUUGUUAUCUGUUCAACCACUGAUUUAAAUAAUUGAUAGAAGGAAAUGUUAUUUUCCUUUAUGUAACAUGUUCCAAUAAUAUGCAGAAUUUCACAUAUGUUACCUGAGUAUGUAUUUAAGUAUGUUGUACAUGUACUUCAGCAGGAGUCCAUGGAUCCAUCAGCAGUCAUAGGGCACCAAUUUUAACAUGUUUAAAAUCUUUAUCCUCAUUCUGUUGAUCCCUUCACUAUUAAAACUAGAAAUAGUUUGCAUGAUUUUUUGUUUAAUCCAUAAGGGGUCUCCCCAGAUCUCUUUUUUUUUUUAAAUCAGGACCAGGAAUGCUGAAAUACCUUUAGUGUUAGCACCUUUGAUUUUAUAACAGGUAUUUGUACUAUAGUUGGAACUAGUCAACUUGGAGUGAGUCAGAUAUUUGUACAUAAAGAAAGGCUUGCUGGACAUGGUUAUUGCAAAAUGUAUAUGAAGGACCAAGAGUCUUUAAACUGGAAAGUUAUUUCUGCAUCAGUGGAUCGGGGAGAGAGCAAAAAAUUUUGAAUGAAGGAAUCUGAUCAAUUGGUCAGUCAGGGACAGACUUUUAUUAAGGGCCUAUCAAAAGUCCUAUGACUUCUUUUUUGAAAAUGUUCAUAGCAUUAAAAUUAUAUUAAAAAAUGUCA